CACCUCUAACAGUGCACUCCGAGAAACCCAAGAGCCCGUACUAACAACACAAACAUGGCGGCUACUGCCACCGACACACAUCAAUAAGAACAUCGCCAACAAGUGGGACAAACAAACUUUCCUGGGAUUAUUGUAGCGUGUGCGCUCUUUACUAUCAACAGGGAUCCCCUCCAUUCUCCCAAAGGUGAAGACUGAGUAUCGAGGCGGUCAGAUCAGCAACUUGCCUACAUGUCAACGUCCUCUUCUUUAAAAGAGUAAACAGCUGGCACAGGCCCAGCCAUGAUCGAGGACAAGGGCCACCGCGUGAGCGACUACUUUGUGGUGGCGGGCCUGACAGACCGGUCCGCGCCCCUGGAGCAGGACCUGUCUGAGGCCAAGGCUGGCGGGCCCAAGGCGCCCAUCUGCGAGCUUGCUGUCAUCAACCGCUCGGCAGGCGAGACGGUGCCUGAGGGCUUCACCUGCAUCGAGGUCACACCUGGCGGACAGCCCGCCAACCUCAACCACGGCAGCCUCAAGAGCCCCGAGCUCUUCCUCUGCUAUAAGAGGGGCCGCAGCAAGCCCCCGCUCAUCGACAUCGGCGUCCUGUAUGAGGGUAAGGAGCGCCUGAUCCAGGGCUGCGAGAUCAUCCAGGCGACGCCGUUCGGCCGCUGCGCUAACGUGAACAACAGCUCGGCCACGUCACAGCGCAUCUUCAUCACGUUCCGCCGCGACCGGCCAGUCCAGCCGCAGAACUCGCUGUCCGUCACCGACAUCUGCGUCAUCAUCACCAGCAAGGGCGAGACGCCGCCACACACCUUCUGCAAGGUGGACAAGAACCUCAACUGCGGCAUGUGGGGAUCCAGUGUUUUUCUUUGCUACAAGAAGUCAGUGUCUGCCUCCAACUCCAUCGCUUACAAUGCCGGCCUGAUCUUUCGCUACCCGGAGGACGACUACGAGUCGUUCCCGCUGUCCGAGUCCGUGCCCCUCUUCUGCCUGCCCAUGGGCGCCAAGAUCGAGUGCUGGGUCAACACAUCAUACCCACUGCCUGUCUUCUCCACCUUCGUCCUCACCAUCUCGUCCGGCGAAAAGGUGUACGGCGCUGCGAUCCAGUUCUACGAGGCGUACCCACUGGAGCGGCUGAGUGACCGCCAGAAGCAGCAGCUUGGUCUGGUGACUGCCGUGGAGAAGAAGCUCAUCACCAACCGGCCGGUCAACACCAACAAGUGCAUCUGCCUGCUGUCCCGCUGGCCUUUCUUCGAGGCCUUCCGGAAGUUUCUGCUCUUCCUCUACAAGCUCUCCGUGUCCGGCCCGCACCCCCUGCCCGCCAGUAAGGCCAGGCACAUCUCCCACUUCAUGCACAACGUGUCCUUCCCCUCCCCUCAGAGACCCCGGAUACUGGUCCAGCUUUCUCCACAUGACACCUUAAUCCUGUCUCAGCCUGUGUGCACUCCUCUGCCUCUGAGUGGGGCGGACUACCGGACACUGUUGAUGAAUCUGGGGGCUGAGAACUGCGCCAUCGUGCUGCACUUUGUGCUCAUGGAGAGCAAGAUCCUGCUGCACUCCCUCAGGCCUGCCGUGCUCACAGGGAUCGCAGAGGCCGUCGUAGCCAUGAUCUUCCCGUUCCAGUGGCAGUGCCCGUACAUCCCCCUGUGUCCUCUCUCCCUGGCGGGCGUCCUGAACGCCCCCUGUCCCUUCAUCGUAGGCGUGGACUCCCGCUACUUUGACCUCUACGACCCUCCCCCGGACGUGGUGUGUGUGGACCUGGACACCAACACCAUCUAUCAGUCGGACGAAAAAAGACACUUGAACUGGAAGAAUCUCCCAAAGAAGCCGUGCAAGAACCUCCUCAGCUCCCUCUGCAACCUGCAGAACCAGCUGUCGUCAUGACGACUCCUGGGCUUCGGGUUGGACAUGACCCCCAUCGAGGCGGACUUCACCUGGCAGAAGAAGAUGGCGUCUCUGGAGAUGGAGAUCCAGGAGUCCUUCCUCCGCUUCAUGGCCACCAUCCUCAAGGGCUACCGCAGCUACCUCAAGUCCAUCACCCAGGCCCCGUCUGACAAGGCCACGUCAGCCGACUCCCUCUACGACCUGCAGGGUUUCCUGAAGAGUCGUGACCGUGCCCACCAGAAGUUCUACUCUCAGCUGACCAAGACUCAGAUCUUCAUCCGCUUCAUCGAGGAGUGCACCUUCGUCAGCGACAAGGACACUGGCCUCGCCUUCUUCGAUGAUUGCAUCGAGAAACUCUUUCCAUCCGACAAAGGAGCGGACAAGGGGACAAAGCAACCCCCAGCCAGAUACAGUUAUGAGACGUUCCCUGCCCUGUGUCUGGACCUGUUUGACUGCCCUCCUGAGCUGCGUCCAGCUCUCAGCAGUCGAGCCGCGGGGGCCAGUCUGUCCAAUAGCCCCGCCCUGCUGGCCAAGAGGACCAAACAGGAGAUCAAACUGGCGGUGAAGAUGGCGAGGCGUCACUAUAGCAACCCCCCGCUGUGGGCGCGCUGUCUGAUCAGCCACUGCUACAGCAUGUGGUUCAUCUGCCUGCCCGCCAGCGGCCGCUCCGCCCACUCCAAGACCCGCGCCAUGCAGCAGGCCUUCAACGUGCUGCUCAAACUCAGGACCUCCGAGGUGGAGAUGCUGGACGAGGUGUGCUACCGUGUGGUCAUGCAGCUGUGUGGUCUGUGGGGAAUGCCCGUCAUGGCCGUCAGAGUGCACAUGGAGAUGAAAAAGGCUGGUGUCCAACCCAACGCCAUCACCUACGGAUAUUAUAACAAGGCGGUUCUGGAGAGCACCUGGCCCAGUCAGAACCGCAGCGGUCUGUUCAUGUGGACCAAAGUGCGCAACGUGGUCCAAGGAGUGGCUCAGUUCAAGCAGGCCAUGAAGGGGUCCUCCAGCCCUGAAGAGGGCGCUCUCAUCCCCUCGAUUGUGUCAGUGGACGGCAGGGGGCGCUCUGCUGAGGUGGACAGACUGAGUCAUGGCAGUGGCGACAGCUCCAACGAGCCCAAUGGAGACGAGCAUGUACUCUUCUCACGCGGACUCUCCACAGACAACCACUGCAGCAACACAGGGGGUCAGUCAGAUCAGGGUUACGGCUCCAAAGACGAGCUCCACCAGGAGGUGAACUCCUCUGUACUGCCAGCUCCCAUCCAGCCAAUCAAUGGCCCCACACACACUGGUGGGGACAUAGCUGGUUCCGUGGACAGUGCGGUUGCCGUGACGACACCCCCCAGUCCAGCGGACGUGGCGCCCCCUAGCAUCGUCAAGCUCUCCACCGGGAGCUUCGACAGCACCGCGGCCCGCGAGAUCAGCAGCGGAGGUGCAAGCAAGCUUUUCAAGCCACGCCUGCCCGAGGACGACGUUUGCCUCCCUGCCGUCGUCGUGACGACGGACGGCGCAUCCGGCCCAGGCAGCGGUCCCAGCGAUGCGUCCGGCACCGGCGCGAGCAGCAGCAGCAGCGUUUCCGGGGCGACGCGUGCGAAGGCGUUUGCGGAGCGCAGCUGCAGCUUCAGCACGGAGAGCCGGGCGGGCAUGCUGAGCAAGAAGGGCAGUCUGGAGCUCAGCAUGGCCGCCCACAUGGGCGCCGACGCCCGCAUCCUCGCCCACGCGCUGACCGGCGUCAAGACGCCGACGUCAACGCCGCCCGCAUACACACACACGCCCGGCGGGACGGCCACACCCACACCAGGCGGAGGGUCGGCGUGCUUCGCUUUCCCAGAGCAGGAGGGAGAGGAAGAGGAGGAGCCUGAGGAGGAAGAGGCAUCGGCAGACACGCCCACACCCAGAGAGGAGCAGGAAAAGGAGAAGGAGGCUGACAAGGAGGAGGCGGAGCCUGAUGAGAUGGACGGCGGAGAGCAGGCCGCCUCAGAGGUCACGACCCCGUGCAUGGCGCGGAGCAUCAGCACGAUCUCGUCGGCGUCGGCGUGGAGGCGGCUUUCGGACCCUCUGUCCCUGCUGGCGUCGGAGAGCGAGGACGCGGCGUCGCUGCAGAGCCAGGAGUCUCAGACGGGGGUGCCCUCCACGCCCAAGCGGCAGCUGGCCCACGAGAUCGAGCUCUACAUGAGCCUGGGGUCCAAAGCGUCCAGCACGGAGCUCGUCCAGACCUCCCAGGCCGCGCCGGACGCCGACGCCGAGGUAUCCCAGCAGCCUCUGCUUCACCCUUCGCCCCCGUCCUCUUCCUCCUCGGGGAAGCAGUCGCUGGAGCUGCCGGGUCCAGCCUCGCCCCGUGCCCCUCGGGACCGCCACCGCCGGGCAGUACCGAGCACGCCAACGCCGAUCCGGGUGGCCGGACGCAGCCCAAGACAGAGCCCGGGCUUUCGGGCCGCCUCGCCGUCGGUGUCGCUGUCCGCACUUGUGCGGUCCUCGCAGAGCGCCUCGCUCGGCUCGGUCAUGAACUCCAUCUCGGCCAUCAAGAUGGACUCACUGCUCUCGGGACCCAAGAUGGACGUCCUCAAGUCCGGCAUGAAGCAGGCCGCCACCGUGGCCAGCAAGGUGUGGGGAGCAGUGGCCUCGGACGCGACUACGGGAAUAAAGGAUGAACAGGGCCAGCAACGUGACGGUUUCCCGGCCCGUCUGGACGACCAGUUCCUGGCAGAGGAGGGGCCAGGAACAGAAGGCCACACCCCCAGGGGGUUGAUCCCCAGCCUGGCGUCCAAUGGGCUCACACACAGCUCUACCAGCCUAGGAAGCAGCAGUGGGAGCAGCGACACACACCACAACACGCCAAUGACUCCAGGACGCUCGAUGAGAGGCGGAGACUCAGAGCACAGCUCCUCCCAUCAUGCCAGCUCCUCCAGCAUCUACCAGAACUGCUCCUUAGAGGUAUUGAUGUCCAGCUGUUCCCAGUGUGUGAAGUGUGAGUGUCUGGUGUACGACGAGCAGAUCAUGGCGGGCUGGACAGCCGACGACUCCAACCUCAACACCACCUGCCCCUUCUGCCAGAGCUCCUUCCUACCACUGCUCCAUGUGGAGUUCCACGACCUACGCCCACCCAGCGGCUUCUACCUGAAGCCAAGUGAGUCUGGCGACAGCCUCCAAGGCACUCAGCCAAUCACCAUCUCCGAACAGAAGGUCGGCUCCACCCCCAACCCCAGCAACUCCAGUGACCUCAUGAGCUUCCCAGAAUCCACCGAGGAAGGAGAUGAGGACGAGGAGACCGCCAGCAGUCGAACUGCCGCACAGAAGACGUUGGUUCUGGAGCCGGCGCAGUCAGACCCUCUGGGCAUUGUGGAGAAGCGUGGCACCUCUCUGACCCGGAGCAACAGCGUUGGCGGACCCCUGCAGAGCCUGAAUGCCAGCCAGCGGCCCAAUCACGGCAUCUCCACCACCAGCCUGCCCAAUAGCCUGCAUGAUGUGGCGGAUUCCUUGGGGCAGAAGCGUCCCAAUCCGAAGCCAGUGUCGGUUCCGUACCUGAGUCCUCUGGUGCUGAGGAAGGAGCUGGAGUCUCUGCUGGAGAAUGAGGGGGACCAGGUGAUCUACACUCACAAGUUCCUGAGUCAGCACCCCAUCCUGUUCUGGAACCUUCUGUGGUAUUUCCGCCGUCUGGACCUGCAGAGCAACCUGCCCGGACUCAUCCUCACGUCCGAGCACUGCAACAACGGAGUACAGCUGCCCCAGUCGUCCCUGUCUGCUGACAGUAAGCAGGUGUACAUCCAACUACUGUGGGACAACACCAACCUGCACCAGGAGCCCACAGAACCACUCUACAUGCUGUGGAGGAGUUUCAUGGAGAGGAAAGGGACCCUGGAUCCCACUGACCAUCAGGAGACGCGCACGCUGCUGAACAGCAUAGUCCGGAGCAUCCAGACCAACGAUGUGUACUCCCCCAUUAACCUGCUGCUCCGAGAGGUCAAACGACACCCAGAGGUCAAGAGGCAGAGGAGUAUCUACACACAGAUCCUGUUCCUAUCCCUGGUGUCUCUGGGCAGAGAGAACAUUGACGUGGAGGCAUUUGAUCGUGAGUACCGGCAGGCGUUUGAUGAGUUGAGUGUGGAGCAGCAGAAGGCCCUGUCCCCCAUGGACCGCCCACCCAACAAGAGUGUGCAGUGGUGCCUCAAGACGUUCGGCGCUCCCUUCAUCUGAUGCCCCCUAGGGGUCUGGAGGAGCAACAGCACCCUCCCAAACACCCAGCCACCCACUCAACAGCCCCAACCCCACCCUAACAACACCCAUCCCCCGCCCCCCAACCCCAACCGCAACCACCUCUGGAACUACGCUAGGGUCAACUCUCUAGGGGUCAGGGGUGAAGGGUCUCGGCGCUAUGGAAACGGGGUUUUUCUGUUUUUGUUUGUUUGUUUGUUUGUUUGUUUUGUACAGUUGAUGGCGACUUUGAUAGCAGCACCCUGACCCAAAGAUGGUCCUUUUGAUUCUCUCACUCUGGCCACAUCAUGCUUUCAUCACCGCAUUCUCUCCGUGGGCCCCCACUCUCCGCUGCGUUGUCCAGACAUCAGGGUGUGGUUGAGGCCCUCAGUUCCUCCUGCAGAGUCUUCGGACGGUCCGACUCUCCCCAUGUGACUGUUGAAGCACGCUGACAGCAACGUGUGUGUGUGUGUGUGUGUGUGUGUGUGUGUGUGUGUGUGUGUGGGGAAGAGGUGUUGUAGUGUGAUGUGUGUUUUGGAUGAAGAUGAUUGUGUGGUCAGGUCAGGUCUAAAAAUUCAUCUCUCCUCACCCACACACACCUGAUGUUUGACCCCCCUCCCCCUCUCCGCCGCAGCAACAGUUGCCGAGUGGGUGUGUUGUCCUACGCACCAGGGUCGCCAUGACAACCAGUCUUAACUAUUUGAUGUGCACUUUCAGAUGAUGGUUGUUCUGUCGGCCGGGGUGGUUUCCUUAUAAAGUCUCUUUGAUUUUAGUUGUUCGUUUUUUAUGUAUAUAUUUUUCUACGUUGGGCCUGUGUGCAUGUGGUCUGUGUGUGUGAGAACCGGGUUGCCUUUUUCCCAGAAUGGGCUCUUUUGCUGGGACUCCUGGGUAAUUUGUCUUUAACAGCCAGCUUAGGGGGACACUAAGAUGUAAGGAAUGUGUGUGUGUGUGUGUGUGUGUGAGGCAUAUGGCUUUGUCCUGCAGGCGUGUGUGUUGUGUAUGCGUGGGCUUGCGUGUGUGUUCAUCAACAGAUUGGCUAGAGUGUAUGAUGACUAGAAAAAUUGUAACAUUGUAACAGACACAAGAUUAGAACAUUCCAGAAAUCACAAGAGAGUCUUAAUAAAGGGUGGUGACGGUGGCGUGUGCAGACCAGGCAGAAGCACAUCUAGUCAUCAGUCGUCAGGGUCCUUUGAGAUACUGUUGCAUGACUAUAAUCUUCUUGGGAGAUUAGCCAGUUUCCGAGUGGCUCUCUCUUUUUCUCUCUCUCUCUCUCUCUCUCUCUCUCUCACUCACACACACACACACACACACACACACACACACACACACACACACACACACACACACAAAAAACACACCCUCGUCUGUUUCUCCAACACACAGUUUAAUUGUUACACACCUGUACAGCAAAUGAUAAUGACAUAGACAAACACAUACGACACACCAUAUCUAUAAAAAGUAAGAAAUAAUGUAUUUACACACUUAAUACAUAAACAUGCACAUGCACAAUCUAUAUACACAGUGCUUGUGGUGUUAUACAGGACAUUUAGUCUUGCCACCUCAGCUGUGUGUGUGUGUGUGUGUGUGUGUGUGUGUGUGUGUGUGCCCUUCUAGUGCUCAUGUUUUUAACCACAAAUGUUUUAAUCACUCUCACACGACAGGGGCACACACACACAGACCGAUGUGGAGGACACACAUACAUACAUACACACACACACACACACACACACACACACACACACAUAUCUUGGGCAGUUUUGCACAGUGUAAAGAUGCACACAAACACAGCAUCUCCAGUGUUCUGAGAGAGUGACCAUCAGCUGAUGAGAGGGUGAGUGUAGUUCUCGUGCCUUGCUGAAAAAGGCUUGGGAAGUUUUUACAGCUACUAAAGUAACACAACAUAGCCUGCCUUAAUUUAUUUGUCUUUCUCUUAACAUUUUUGUAUAGCUGAACAUGCAUUUAGAAUCAAUGAGUGCUCACUGAGAGGGAGUCGGAUAUAUAUAUAUCCACGUUUUCUGAACUGGUUGCUUUGCAGUCGUAAAAACACUCUAAACGCAUCGUGCUCCUUUAACUGACUCGCCAAUCAAAUUUGUUGAGCUACAGGCUUGUGGAUUCACUGCAAAAGGGCUCUUGGGGACCUCUAGUGGACGUUUUGAGAAUCACACGAGGGUUUGAUCGGAGGAAGUAGGCUGCUCGUAAUGAAUAGCUAGCAGAAUGUGAAGUGUACUUACUUACUUACUUAAUUAAUUAAUUAAUUAUUACUGGGACAAUACUACUGCUGUUGAACCCAUGGGAGGGGGGUGGGCGGAGCAAAACAUUCCGACUUGUAUGUGUCUGUAGUGUGUAAAAAACACACUUAUGUAUUUGCUAUCUCUACAGUGUCACCCCCUUUAAGUGAGUGUGCGUGUGUGAGUGUGUGCGUUUCUGAAUCUGGGAAAACCUCAAAUGUGCACAUCAUUUUUUCUUGAUGUUUUUUUUUUUUUUAUUAUUAUUAUUAUUAUUAUUAUUAUUUAGAGUGUUAAAACUUGCCCUUGCACAUAACUCGAUGUAUUGUAAUGUAGAAUCUCCAUUUUCUCCUGCAGUUUAACACCUUUUAACACCAAGUGAUUUCUCACCUUUUUUUGUACAGUCUGCUUGUGUCCUUUCCUCAGAGGUGGACAACAGAAGCUGAUCCUCUCCUCCGACAACCACCAGACCUGGACCCAGCACGGCCAAUGACCGGCAAUGGAGGUGACCCCCAGUCCAGGUCAUGGACCGCUUUCCUAUACAUGGGUUAAAUGAGUUAAGACUUCAUUGGAGAUCUCUACUGAGAAAAAGCUUUUAGUUUUAGUAGUUGUUUUUAAUAAGCUUUAAGCUUACUAGGCUUACCAUCCUUAGGCUUUAGUACUAGGCUUACCACCCUUAAUCCAUGUAUGGGAAAGUUAUGUGAAACUUUUUAAAUCCAGCUUUAUGGCUAAAACCACAACCCUCCAGGGCCCCUUCGGACCAGGUCUGGGUAUGAGGAGGAGGAGAGGGGGCUCUUUGAAGGCCUCCACCAUGUCGAUUCCCUUCUGUACCGUCCUGUGGAAUGAAUGUUGGUCUACGCCUACAGAAAUAUACUGCAAUAAAUGAGUUUGGACAUGAUUGAA